AUGGCUUCACCCACCCCUCCCAAUCCCAUGCUUGUUUCCAUCUUGUUCUUUAUAUCCUUAUUUAUAGUGAGCAACUCCUUGACUACUACCUUUUAUGAUAGUACGUGCCCAAAUGCUCUUAGUACCAUCCGAACAUCCAUCAGGCAAGCUGUAUCUCGUGAGCGUCGCAUGGCAGCGUCCCUUAUUCGCCUACAUUUUCACGAUUGUUUUGUACAGGGAUGUGAUGCUUCUGUCUUACUCGACGAAAACACAACCCCCACGAGUGAGAGAAACGCAAUACAAAACAAAAAUUCUGCUAGGGGAUUCAAUGUUAUUGAUGCGGCCAAGGCUCAAGUCGAGCAAAUUUGUCCUGGAAUUGUUUCGUGUGCAGAUAUACUUGCAGUAGCUGCGAGAGAUGCUUCAGUUGCAGUGAGUCUAUAA